GCGAAAUGGAGAAAUUUUCAAAGUGGAGGGACGCCAGCACUGGAAUUCAACCAUUUCUCACUCCUAUGCCUUCGAGAACAAAUACAAAUAUAUACGCGAAAAUUACAUUUAUACUCGGAAUUAUUUUGAAGCCAAUUUUAGGGAUUCUUAAGUUGUUAUUGACAUUUGUUACCGCCAUAUUACUAUUUCUUUUAGUUGACAUUAUUGGACUAGCUCUGAAAAACUUCAAGCCCAUAUAUCGAACAUAUCACCAUAUAUUCACUUCUUUGCUAUCACGCCUUUCACUGUUUUUCAUGGGAUUCUAUUGGAUUCAUGCAGAGACUGUUUCUUUACGGAAGGGGCGUCCCAGUAUUCCUAAACUUCGUCAGAUAAGUGGUGUAAAACCCGGUGAUGUGAUAAUUUGUAAUUGGACAUCUUAUAUAGAAGUGUUAUAUUUGGCAUUCAGGUUUGAUCCUAUCUUCACGCAAAUUUAUCCAUCUUCCAAUACUCUACGGCCAAUAUCUUUGUGGACUGCGCUCUGGUUGACAGGUUCAUAUCCUGAAGAUAAGCCACCCAGUGGUGUAAAAACUUACAGUCUCCAAGAAUUAGUAAGGGAAGCUACAAUAAAUAAAUGGGGACCGAUCGUUGUGUUUCCUGAGGGAACGACUUCGAAUGGACGUGCACUUUUGAAAAUUGUUCCUAUUUUCAAAAGUUUAUCGUUGCCUAUAGAUGACUUUUCAAUACACAUUUUUAUUGCAAGGUAUGAAUAUGACAACUUUUCACCAACUUAUACCGUCGGAAACAAGUUCUGGCAUUUCGUAAUGCUGUGUAGUCAGUAUUUUAAUGUCCUUCAUGUCAAGAUCCUUGCGCCUGAAGAGUCCCUAUCCUCUCCUAAUUUUGCGACCCCUUCUGCGCAAUCGUCUGUUUUGACUUCACCAUCAAUAAUACAGGAUGAUGUUAUUGGCUCUCAAAUUUUGAAUUUAAUGGGUCAACUUGGUAGAAUGCGCAAAACUAAUUUAGGGAUGGAUGAUAAAAUAGCUUUUUUGGAUUUUUAUUGGGAAAAAAAAAGUGGAUAUGCAAAGAAAAAAAAAUAA